AUGAACGCCAACUUCACAUUUCCACCACCAAAGCCAGUUAUGCCACGGCCACCGUCGGCGUACAGACCCAAGGCCAAGAUACCCUCGCGCUCGUCGAAUGCUCUCCGUGCCUCCGUGCUCGAAGCCGCUCUCGAGCUCGGCGUCGGCACAAACCCGCUUGUAGCGGACUGGAUGUUCAGCAAUUCUCUGAAGGAGGAGGACGAGGAGGACUCUGCACACUCUCCGGGCCUUACGAACGGGUCCUCCGCCACCUCCGAGGAGUCGUCCUCGUAUCCCCUCACUCCUCCGGCGUCAUCAUCAAAGCGCGGCCCCGGCCCCGGAGUCCACUUCGCUGAUGAUCCCGUAUCCAACGGGAAGCCUGGCGCAGUCGCCGUUGCGUUCCCUUCUGCGGGCAAGGACGCCGUGGGGCGAUCCAACGAUGCAGACAAUAGCAACAGUGGCUGGAGCCAUGAACACGGCGUCGCGCCGUCCAGUUUGGCCCCGAGUGGGAGUGGGAGUGGUGUCGCAUUUCCUGACAUCCCGAUCCCACCCCGCCCUACGACGUCGAACAAUGGACGAAGGCUGAAGAAGAAGCGAGGAGCGGAUGGUGGGUAUGAAAGUGAUGGUGGAUACGUUAGUGAUACGGGGAAGAAGAAGGAGAAAAAGGAAAAGAAAGAGAAGAAGGUUAAGGAGGAGGAGAAGGUGAGAGAGGGCGAAGGAGGAGAGGGCGAGCGGACGCGCAAGAAGAGCCUCAUCUCGGUCGUCAAGUCCUCUAAGAAGAAGGACAAGGAAAAGGAAAGGGACAAAGACGCGUCGUUCGACGUAGGAUACGACACCGACGGCGGCCCGACAUCUUCCGCGAAGAAACCCAAAAGGCCGUCGAAGACGAAGACGAAGACCGCCGAGGCGGGGUAUGAGACAGACGGCGGGUACGUGUCCUCGUCGGGCACGAAGCGGUCCAAGGCGCGCGCGUUCUUCGGGCUGUCGAGCAAGAGCUCGAGGUCGGACUUGCAUGCGGAGGCUGAGCCGGUGCCUGCGCUGCCUCGAGGUUUUGGAGGCAAGGAGAUGCCGUUGCCAAUUGCAGACCGGUUUGCGACGACGCUCAGCCCAACGAACGCGAGCGCGAGUGCCAGCAGUAGCGCCACGGCAAUCAGCCCGACGAGUCUUAGUCCAGCGUCGGUAUCUUCGAGCGUCAUGACGCCAUUAGGAAGGACGACGAGCGAGCCUAGCCCUUCGGCGUCCUCUCCCAUCUCUCCCUCUCCUUCCGCGACCCAACUCUUAGGUACUGGCACCCUACCACAGAUGUCCUUCCAGCCAUUUAGCGCCGCCGACAGCCCAGAUACCCAACUCUCGCCGUCAAGGUCGAGGUCACCUCUUCCGCCUCCAUCGAGGUCUAUGUCGCCUGUCGCGUCUCCGACGCUCUCGCCGACCAUCAAACGGGAUUCGCUAAUGUCGACGAACUCCUCGUCGUCCAGCGGCAGUGGCUCGAAUUCAAAUUCGCAGAAUCACGGACAACAACACUCUGCCAACGGUAGUACGGGUGGUGGAGCAGGAGGAGGGGCGGGUGGAGGUAGCAAGCGAAGGUUCUUUGGUUUCGCUUCGCCGACGAAGGGCGACGCGGUGGGGCACGGGAUCGGGUCGGGAAGCGGGUCGACGAUCACCUCGACGUCAACGUCGGUUGCGUCGCAUACGCAUUCGGCGAAAUCUGGGUCGAACGCGUCGAGUGCUACGACGCACUCGGCGGCGGGCUCGCUCAAGCCGCCGAUGAUAUCGUUCCCGCUGACGCGCUCGCCGUCGCCUUCAAGCCAGCCGAUGAGUCCUGGUCGGUCGCCGACGCCGACGUCUGCGUCUGUGUUGCCUUUCGCCUCCUCGUCUUCGUCGUCGUCGAUGCCGUCAUCGUCUCAGACCCCUGCGUUUUCGUCACUUGCGUCACCGUUGUCACCUUCGUCCGCAUCACAGCUCCCAAUGAGGUCGCCAUCACCCGGCUUACCGCGCUCGCCUGCGUCGCCACCGCCUGUCGUGCCCUUAAACAUAAACAGACCUAGAGGCAUGCGCGUCCGGCCCAGUCUGGAGAAGCUCAACCUCCUCGCGCCGCCUAUUAACACCAACCCGCACAACGGCAGCGUCCCAUCGCCCAUCUCGCCCAAUUCAUACGUGAUGGUCACGCCCGUGCCCUCGCCUGGGCUGCCUCCGUCGCCAAAUACCCUCUCGCGGUCAAUGACAAGAGGAGGGAGCAGGGACGGAGGGAUCGGCCCGCCUUCUCCGGGGAUCAUGCCGAGCGGAGACUACCUGGUGCCGUCGCCGUCGGCAGCAGCGACGAGCUUCAUGCUCGGGGCGUCGCCUGCUCCGGGCGCUGCCAACGCGGGUGUGGGUGCGAACGGAGGUCUGACGAGCCCGAACGUGCUGGCUUACUAUGAUAUGCCGCCGCCCAGCCCGCCGCCGCAGGGCCCGCUCCCUAGUGUGCCGCCCAACGCACAACCUGGUGGUUCUAGCUCGAGUUCGAACGCCAGUGCUAGUGUAAAUACGGGCCAGUUCCCGUUUGCAGCGCUGAGACAGCGUGUCGUGGAUAGGACACCGCGGUACCUCCCACCCGAGCUGGCUAACGUACAGAGGGGGAGGGAGAGUCCGUUCCCUGCACGUCCUGUCCUCCCCGCUGGAGGUGUUGCACCACCGGCUGGCAUGCCAAGAAGGUACAGAGACCUAUACACCUCCCCAACAGGCUCGGGUCCAGGCGAGGAGACGCUGGCGUACUUGGAAGAGAAGGAGCGCGUGGAGGAAAUGCGGCGCGCCAGGAUCGCAGCGACGGGUGGACAGAAGAGGGAAUGGGUCGACCUGGAGGAGGUGGAGAGGGAUAUGGUCAAGGAGAAGCUGAUGAAGAUCCAGAGGAAGAAGAAAGGCGCUGUGCGGUUCGCGGUGGACGUUGAUGGCGGCUCCGAAGAGGAGGACGAGCUGGAGUAUAUAGAUGAUGACAGCGUGGAGGGUGGGCUGGAGGACGAGCCCGAGUUGCGCGGUGUGCUCGACCGCUUCGAUAACGGCAGUGCCGAAGGCGCGAGCGUGAGUGAGGAGAGCGUCUUCUCCCAGCGCGCUUUGAGCCGGAAUCGGUCUGCGGAGGCUCUCAAUGUGGACGCAGAAGGCAUGGCCAUCCCCCGGCUACGCGUCCCGCGCGAGCGCCCACGACAGCUGAGCGAGUACACCGACGACGACGCGCGCACGCUCGGCGACCGCGCUUCGCGCUGGUCAGACAGCGUCUACAGCCGCGUGAGCAUCCUCGACGAGGACGAGAGCGAGCAGACGCGCGACCGCUUCGUGCGCCGCGUCGAGGCGAUGCUCGAGGCGGAGAGGAAGCGGAAUGCCCUUGAGGGUCUGGUAGGUGAUGAUGAGACAGGUGCUGGUUUGGGUUUGGGCAGGGGAUACAUCCCGCCCGUGCCCAAGCUCCCUGAAGCGUACUCGAAUUCGAACUUGGGCGCUUCACCCGUCUCUGCGGGUGCUACUUCUCCUGGACGGAGCUGGAAUAGGUUCUAG